AUGCCAACCAAAUCGGAAAUACAGGAAACUUUUGAAGAGCUCGAAACCUUUGUGCUCGCAGAGCAUAUUGUCAAUCUCAUUUUUGACGACGACAGCGAUGAUGAGGAGGAGGAGGACAAAGAUUCAAUACUCUCUAUUAUGGAUUUGGAUGACUUGGAUGCUAAAAUUGACGCCCUUAUUGAAAAUGAUUUUGGUAUUGGUGCGUUGAUGGAUGACGAUGACAAUGACAAUGAUGAGGAAAAUGAUUUCGACGACGACAUAAUCGAUGGCAUGAGCAUAGCAGAAACCAUGUAUUUAUUUGUAUCAAGCAUGAACGAGCGAGAACAAUCCCCAGCUAUCGAUGAUCAUUGCCGUCAUCCAGUAUCAUCACAUACCGACGAGAGCUCACAAACGCUGACACCUUGCUUCUUACCUUCGACUACUCGCAAACGCAAGCACGAUGCCAUCGAAUAA